AUGGAUAGGGGAAUAGGCCCUAUUUCACACUGGAAAUGGCACGACCUUAAUGACCCUCCUAUCCUGCAAAAAGUAAUGAUAAAUACUCAAUUGGCUGUGAAAGAUCCUGAUAUAUUAAAACUUGAUGGAACUGAAGGUAAUACACCGCGGAGAGAUAAUGAAGAGAUGUUGGCAAUAGAAUUCGAUAAUUUUAUUAAAGAAAAAAGUAAAAAGUUGACGCAAAAAUUUAAACCAUUUCAAAUAACAACGAAGGCAUUAAAAAUUAAUGAACAUUUCUCUUUGAGAGUUUUGGAUCAAGCUACAGUGUAUCUAUUAUUUAGGGAUGGUACCACGAACUUAAAAUUAAAUUUGGGAAUGAUAUUGGAUCAUCAAGAAAUUGUGGAUACCGACACAGCUGAAGUUGGAGAAGUUGCUACCAAUAUGGAACGGUUCCCUGCCCGCACAGAUAGCUUGGCAAUGCUUCAACGUAUUGUGGCGAAUACGCAGCAUGUUGAAAAAUUACGAAUAGAACGUGAGCGUCGAUUUAGAUUCACCGCAAAUAAUUCAAGCAUCGACUGUAUACAUACAGCUUUAUCCCGAUUACAGCCCCCAAUGAAUUCUACAGCAGAAUUUGAUUGUUUUUGUAAAUUAAGAAAAUCAAAGAUAUUUAAUAUAGGUUCCGAUACAAAUCUUAUUUAA